UUUUUCUUUCAUUCAUUUCAAUCAUUCAAUCGAAUCAGCCAGUCGUCAACUCGCCAAAUGUCAAGUCAAUGCAUGCACUGAGUGUCAAAGUGAGUAGUAGACCGCGUGAUUGUAGCCGCCGUGUUUCUAAUUUGUGUUCAUCUAAGGCGAUUUCGUGGAAAAUUAUAAGUGAAAAUGGGCGAUAAUAACGCCGGUCAAACCAUGGAUGUGUUCGUAUUGGCAGGAAUUACUUUAGCUGUAUGUGUAAUAAUACACUUUAUUUACAAGACCUUUGGAAGCAAGCAAAAGGAGGCAAUCGAACAUGAAACGGAGAGUAAUUUGGAUUCUCCGAAUGAAGAGGCAAUCUCAGAGACUGCUGUUCCUGAAAACAGGACCAGUGGGAAAAGCAAGAAACGCGCUCCGUGGAAGGGCAAGACUGAUUUUAGCCAUCCCUGGCUGCUGAAGAAUCUCAAAGGACACCCUGGCACUGUCCUAUUGGUAGACUUUUCUGGCAACGGCAAGUUUAUGGCGGCCACUUGUAAUGAUGGGUCAGUGAUCCUCUGGGACAUCCGGGACUUGAACCAAAAGGAGCACAAGACGUUACGAGUGAACUUAGAAUUCGACUUCGCCACUUUCGUGGCUUGGAGCCCAGACUCCAAGGCCUUUAUCGUUCAUACAGUUAGGGAGAACCACAUUAUUGUCUACAAAAUUGAGAGGAAAAAGGACGGCGUCAUAGGAGCUGCAACUCCGGUCAUCACGUUCGAUAAGGUGCACGCGGAUGACGUCGUGGGCUUCGGAAUAUCGAGCAACGGGAAGUUCAUGAUGUCCUGUUCUUGUAAGACUGAUAUGGUUAUCUGGGACCUGAAGGGACAACAAUUGGAUAGGCUGGAUACGUAUUUGAUGAGCACAUAUUCGGCGAAGAUAUCGCCGUGCGGGCGAUUCGUCGUGGCGACAGGGUUUGCGCCCGAUGUCAAAGUGAUGGAGGUGUGUUUCACGAGGACGGGGGAGUUCAAACAAGUGGCAAAGGCUUUCGAACUGACAGGGCACACGUCGGGCGUGUAUGACGUAGCGUUCGACGUGGACACGUCGCACAUCGCCACCAUAUCGAAGGACGGCACGUGGAAGCUCUACCACACAAAGAUCGAGUAUUCACGCGGUGAGUCGCCCCACGUGCUAGAAACUGGCACCUACACACAGACGGCCAACCCGCCGCACAUCGCACUGUCUCCCAACUCCGAAGUGCUGGCCGUGUCAGUAGACUCCAGUGUCGAGUUCUACGACACUUACACUGGGAAACUGUACGACACCGUGGAGAAUGUCUACACAGGGUUAAUAAAUUACAUGAAGUUUGAUGCUAGCGGAAAAUAUUUGUUCGUGUGCGGCGACCGAGCCGUGAGGGUGUUCCACAACGUGUGCGGGUACCACACCACGAUCAGCAGCUGCACCCGGCUGCUGGGCUCCAAGCAGACGUCGGCCACCGUCGAGCGCCUCAAGAAGACCAUACAAGACUGCAAGGAAACCUUGGCUACGUUCGGGAAGUGAGUUACGUAUUAUCGGUACAUUUCCGUUGCACGCGCGAACUUGAUGUUGGAUUGAUUAUAACGCUCCACAAAUUAAAAUUAUUUUAAAACUUAUUUUUGAUAUCACUAUACCUACCAAACUCGACUGCAGGAAAAACUUGUCGAUUGACAAUGUUUAUAUGUUUUAUACCUGUGUUUAAAUGAUUUGUUUUAUGCAUGUUGUUGGGUUCGCACGUCCGACGUAAAAACAUUUCUCGUCAUGAGCAUUUAUUUUUGUAUGUAUUGAAUCGUUUAUUAAACAACUAUUUUUAUACGUUUAGUUAGGAUUUUAAAAUAUUCUUAGGUCACAAAUAUAUUAAGGAUAAACUGAUCUCUGUCCAAUUAAAUUUUAAUAUUAGUUGAAUAGGUAUACAAAGCCUAUGACUUUUUUUUUCUGAAAAUGUCCGACCAUUAUUAUUCUUUUCUUUAGGUUUAUUUAGAUAUCUAUUGAUUUGUUUGGAUUUAUUUACCUGAGAGUAUUUGUAAAUAUAAAUACAUUGCAUGUUAUAUUACUUGUAAUAUUGGAAGUAUUAUCAUUAAUUAAUCAGUAUUUAAAGGAACCGGCUGAUGCCAUUUUUGCGAAAUGUGAUUUAUUUUUUAACAGAAAAGGUAUAUUCAUUAUCUUUUUUAUUAAAAAAGAAGAUUAAUUUCCUUUAUCUACUCUCGUAACCAAAUUAAAUUAACAAGACUGGUGUUAAUGACUCAGGAUGAAAAAAAUAUGUUUAUAUUCAUUUCGCGAAAGUGAUGUCUGCGACAUAAGUAGAGUCCAAUGCCGAUUGAUUGAGCUUCAUAUUCUAGAUAUUUUGCAUUUUAAAUUACCUAGUGUUAAUUUGAUGCUGUCAUACAGAAUUUAAUUUAGUAAUCGAUGAUCACAACUUUAUCGAUUUCGUCAAUUAUUGUAAUAACAGAAAAUAAAGACUUGCAUUUAAACUUU